AUGAUUGCAGAGAGCUGGGAACAGAAACACCGAGUUGUCGGAACCGGCAGGGAUGGCGGACGGAAGUGCUCGCUCACUUCCGGCACCGCGUUGCGCGGGGCAUGCCGGGAGCGUCCCAGUAGCCCCGCCGGUCGCGGUCGUCAAGGUAACCGCGUUCUUGACUUCGGCCAAACUUCUCCCGCGUAUUUGGCCCUGCCCUUGAGGCGUGAGAGUGGCGGUGGCUGGGGACAGCUGGUCACCGCGUGGUCACGUAGCCUCAAGCCUUCAGACGUGGGUCCUCUCAAACAGGGAUGGCGUCUGGCGAGGACUAGCAUUACAGGUGGGAGAAGGCCCAUAUCCCUCUCUGUGGGAGCCCCAGGCAGCUUUGGAUGUGGGGGCAACAGUGAGAAGGUGAAGCUCUCUCUGAAGGAUGUGGCUGAGCUGCUUCGUACCAGAGCCUGCAGGAGGGUCGUGGUCAUGGUGGGGGCUGGCAUCAGCACACCCAGUGGCAUCCCGGACUUCAGAUCCCCAGGAAGUGGCCUCUAUAGCAACCUUCAGCAGUAUGACAUCCCAUACCCUGAGGCCAUCUUUGAACUUGGCUUUUUCUUUCACAACCCCAAGCCCUUUUUCACAUUGGCCAAGGAGCUGUACCCUGGGCGCUAUAGGCCUAAUGUCACUCACUACUUCCUUCGGUUGCUCCACGACAAGGAGCUGCUUCUGCGGCUCUACACACAGAACAUUGAUGGACUUGAGAGAGCGUCUGGCAUCCCUGCCUCCAAGCUGGUUGAAGCUCAUGGGUCUUUUGCAUCAGCUACAUGCACGGUCUGUCGAAGGUCCUUCCCUGGGGAGGACUUCAGGGCUGAUGUGAUGGCAGACAGGGUGCCCUGCUGCCCUGUGUGUACUGGCGUUGUGAAACCUGAUAUUGUAUUCUUUGGGGAGCCACUGCCUGCACGGUUCUUACUACAUGUGGCCGAUUUCUCCCUGGCAGACCUGCUACUCAUUCUUGGGACCUCCCUGGAGGUAGAGCCUUUUGCCAGCUUGUCUGAAGCAGUACCGAAGUCAGUGCCCCGGCUGCUCAUCAAUCGAGACUUGGUGGGGCCCUUUGCUUACAGUCCUCGCAGCACGGACGUGGCCCAGCUAGGCGAUGUAGUUCAGAGUGUGGAAAGGCUGGUGGACCUCCUGGGCUGGACACAAGAGCUGCAGGAUCUCAUCCAGCGGGAAACUGGAAAGGACUGAAUGUAUGCUGGUGCCAUUUCUUGGAAAACAGUCUUUAUUUAGCCACCUGUGAUGUGCUAGGCCUUCUGGGAUCCCUUUUCUUGUUCACUUUAAAGAGAAAAGCUUGCUCCAUAAAGUAUUUUGCUUGACUUCAAUGACUGGUCCAGGUCUGGGAUGUAGCCUGUCUGGCUGUGAAGUUAACUGGGCUCCUCUGUUCCAGCUGGAUGGACAGGACAGAUAAGACUAUGGCUUCAUCACCUGCGGGAAAGUCACACUGGAGAUCCUCUUUCCAGGGAGACCUCAUGCCUGAAAACAGCUCGGACAGGUUUAUAAAUCUGGGCCGAACCACGAUGUGUGACCUGGGUAGUGGUCUUCUGAGGCUGCCUUUGAAUGUUUACCCUUGGGGCCAUGCUAUCACAGUGUAAAGGAGCUCCAUGUGUGCUCUGUCCCAUCACUGCUGAAGCCUGUAGUGCAGAAGCCUUCUUUCUGGCAGUGGUCCUUACAGUUAUCAGGAGGGCAGCACAGCAUGUCUAUCCAUCACCAGACCCAGGUGAUGCAUGAGGGUAAUCUGGCAUGUCAGUCUCUACAGAGGCAUCUUUGCUAAAGAAAACAAACAAACUUCAUUUCUUGCAUGUAAUAAAUUUUAGUAUAAAAA